AUGCAGAAAUGCAAAGAGAGUAUUAUCGUCUUCGCCCAGUUCCCACACCUUAGGUUGCCGAUGACCUCGAGCUUCCUGGUCGGUCUUAAAGAGUGCCUAGGCUUCCGCUACACGGAUGAGUUAUCGUUGGCGCGCCAACUUGCUUUCAACGUCACGUAUCUUGCCCAGAGAGUUUGGCAAAGGAAACUUCGCGAGCUCGCAGAAAAAUUAGAGAAACUUCAAUUGGAGAGGGAAGAACUCGACUACAAAAUUAUCCAAACCCAAGCCGAAUAUGGAGCGCUGUACAACAAGACAGCGCCCGUCUUGAACCUUCCCAUCGAGUUAAUGUGCCGCAUGUUCGAGGCGGCCCAUGACGCGUCAUUCAUUGAAGGAAUCCCAAGGAACCCUCUCAUAGAAGUCACCAUCUCGCAUGUUUGUAGGGAAUGGCGUGCUGUUGCCUUGUCCUUCCGAUCGCUGUGGUCCAACUUUCGGUACAACGCUUCUCAACUGCCGAAACGGAUUCCGAUUGACCGACUCGUUGCAUACUUGGAGCGGUCGGGUACUCAUCCUCUAGACCUCCACUUUUCAUUUUCCGAAUCCGCCUUGGGCGAGGCAUCACAUCCAUUGUUCAAUUCCAUGCUUGGGAAAACGAUAUCGCAUGUUGAUCGUUGGAGGCGAUUCUCCCUCUUUUCCGGCGUGGACGUCCCUAUGCAUGGCUUCAAUGACAGAUUACAAUGGUUGAAAGCUCCCAAUCUCCAAUAUUUUACGAUGUGUGCCAGCUCCAGUGAUCCAGAGGGAGGCCCUGAUUCCGAGAGGUUGACCCCUUCAGUAUUUUUGCGUGGUGCGCCAAAGCUUUUCUAUGUUCGGCUGGAUGGAACCUCGUUUCGGAAUUACCCCCCACCCUUCUCUAAUGUCACAGUACUGCGACUCGAGGAUGAGACAGACGCCUGGACGUUUGGGAGUUUUAGCAUGUUCCUCGAACUCCUUGCUUUACCGUCACUGUCCAGUCUGUCCAUUGUCGGUCAACACUUUUGGGAGCCUGAAUCGCCUCAGACUUUGAAAAUCACCAUGAAUAGUCUGAAACAUCUCCGCUACGGUGAAGACUAUAAUUUUGUUGGAUAUUUCCUCCCUUUCUUGGUCGCGCCACUACUCGAGACGCUGAUAAUCAAAAGGGUAACACUUCGGCCCAUCCCUAACCCUCUUCCUAAAGUUACGCGGUCAUUCUCCAAACUGCAUUCUUUGGAACUAAUUGAGUGCUCGGACUAUGACGCUAGCUUUAUAAGCUUCCUCGUAGCCCUUACCCCACAUGUCACCCACCUGACAAUUGUGGAUGAUUCAGGACCUGAAAGCAUGCUCGAAUGCGUCACUAGGCUAUUCCUCGAGAAUGGAAUCAAGUCUUGGCGGAAACUCAAGUUUCUAACAAGCUCUCGGCUCGACGAAGACCACCCUAUUUCCCCCUACAUCGACUUCGCUCGAAUGAUUGGGAACCCGAAAUUGACGAUUUGCACUGACACCGGAGAAUGGCCUUUCGAUGAAGAUGACCAUGAGAAUUAUCAAAUACUCAGAUCGAUGUGUGUGCUCCUGGAAAGCCUUCCCGACAAGCCGACAAUAGUUUCGUGGCCACCAGGUGUCGACGUCCCGGCAGAGGAAGAUUUCUUCACCAUAGAAUACUAG